CGCAUCCUGCAGAGGGAGAGCGUCUGGAUCCCCCGGGUGUUUGCGCCAUGGGUGCCUGGGGACUCAGCCUGGGGGUCCUACACUGCCUGGGGGUCUACAUCCAGUUGAGCGCCGGCGAGACACAAAGCUCUACCGAUGCGCUGUUCACAGAGACACCACACGAUGUUAGUGCACAUCCCGGGGAGGACGUGGAGAUGGCGUGUUCCUUCAGGGGCAGCGGAGACAUCCCCUAUUCAUUGGAGAUCCAGUGGUGGUAUAUGCGCACCCAUCGAGACUGGGCAAACAAGGAGACAUGGGCAGAGAACCAGCUAAAAUCACUUCCUGGGACACCUGAAAAAGGAGCCACAAAAAUAAGUAUUGUGAAAGUGUUUGGUAGUAACAUCUCGCACAAGCUGCGCCUGUCUAAUGUGAAGAUCUCAGAUGAGGGAACCUAUGAGUGUCGUGUCCUAGAUUACAGCGAUGGGAAGGGACGUCAGCACCGGGUCAAAGCUUUCCUGCGUGUGGAGGCUGAGAUGGGCCGUCGCGGAGUGAUCUCUCACCGCCAGCAAGACACAGGCCCUCACCGCCACUUUCCCGGCAAAGAGCUGAAAAAGCGGGCAGCUGUGCCUUGUGAGCAGUGCCAGCUGUAGACUGGUACGGAAUCGCUGUCCGACUGACAGUUGUACAAAAGAGUGCAUGAGAGGCAUCCCAGAUUAAACAGCUUGAUCCCACCUCCUCUCUCACUCUCUCUCUCUGGGGUGGCAAAUGGACUGCUAUGACUUUAUACCACCACCCACAUCACUGCAAGAUGCACCCCUUUCCUUACUAGGGACCAAUCACAAGAGCCCAAACAGAGGCAUAAUGUGAGGUUAAGGGGAGAACAUCAGCUAACAAUUUUUGUAGUGGGCCGACAUAAUUUUCGAAAGAUUAAAUCCUAAACCCUAUUUCUCAAAUGGAAUCAGUAGUGUGUCAAUGUAUAAUAACCAGACUGUACAAAAGUGCUUCGAUUAUCAUGCAUGGCCAAACUGCAAGCUUCCAGCUGUUGUCAAGGCAAACUAGAUUUGUAGCUGAAUAACAGCUGAAAGGGUGUAGUAUGGACAUCCCACGGUGUAUAUUUUAUAGGUCCUGUAAAGAUCAAUAGCUACAACAAGGGAAUAUUUAAUUACCGGUUGCAGGCUUUCAAGACCACCGACCCGUGUUCCCAAAUCUCUCUGAAAAUUUGUAUUCUGCGCCCACUCAGCCACUGGUAAUUCCAUUUUAUUUAAUGCUGUCGUCUUGGAUUAUAUAUAUAUAUAUAUAUAUAUAUAUAUAUAUAUAUAUAUAUACCGCUCUCUUCUGUGGCAAUUGCUUUGGAUAUUCAUUUAUUCCGCAUUUCUUAUUUGAGCACAAAAACAUAAAAAAAAAAAAAAGACUAAAAUAUAACUUUGGACAUUACUAGUUUAAAUAUGUUCUAAUCGCUUUUGGAUAAUUGAGUGUGAAUAACAUUAUGAUGCUUUAAUGUGUUAUUAGGCUUGUUUGCUCCUCUGUGGGACUGCCAUCUAUUUAUUGAUGCUUCUUAGAGCUCGCUCGCAUCAUUAUGUUUUGUAGCAAGUGUUUCCCAUCAGUUGACUGAGCACUAGCUGGAAAGUGAAUUGUCAGACAAAUAUUGCUUUACAGGGGUUGCAAACCAAAAUUUGCACUUUUUUUCAAACUUAAUAACCUGCACCAUAAUGUAUAGUGUGCCCAUAAGCAGGUGCAUUCCCUAAAAGCUGAGCCAUUCUGCAUAGACCUCUAUUUUCUAACACUAGAUGGUGCUGUUGUUUAGAAGUCAAAGCAAUAUGGCUGUCCCUACCCACAUUUUUGAAUGAGAAGCAGCAGUAAGUCCCCAUAAGCAGGUGCAUUCCCUAAAAGCUGAGCCAUUCUCCAUAGACCUCUAUUUUCUAACACUAGUGUGCAAAGAAAUUUGCACACAAAAAGCUUAAACCCAUAAACGUCCUGCACCUACAAGGCUAUGAUUGGUUUUGCCUUUUUUUGGUGUCUAUAUAAGGUUACUUCCCCUGAAAUAGCAAGGACUACAUUUGUGCAGUGUGAAGUAUAGUAAUGACACAAAACAUCUGCAAUGUAUAUGCUGCUGCUGGAACAGACACUGCAGGGUUGGAUUACCAUUAAGCUGUAGUUACAAAGCCCGUACAGGUAUCUCUGCUGUGCAAAAUGGUAAGCCAGCACCUGCGUGCCUUUUGCUUAAGUGUUAAUAGGGGACUCCUCUCACCCACCUUUGCCUGGAUAUGUUGUCCCUUAUUCUCUGUCCUGGGGAUAACUGUUCUUACUGUAUAAACUGUCUCUGCAAAUCCAGGAACUUCUUUGGUUGUAAAUAAAGGUGACUGGUCGCCCUGAA